AUGGAUUCAUACAAGUUUCCACUGACACACAGUCCAUGGCGUAUGGCCCGAUGGUUGAUAUCGUACGGUAUCAUGUUGUGUCCCGCAUUCUCCAAAGCCAACGCGAGCCGCGAGAUGCUGGUAACCGCCGAGGGGGACAUGGUGCACAAUCUCUGGCAGGACAUAUUCUACAUCCCUAACCCCACGAUGGCGUUUGUAGGUACGCCCUUACAAGUCACCACGUUUUACCUCUUCGACUUCCAAGCGCAGGUAGUCGCCCGGGUCUUUGCGGGUAAAGCGUAUCUGCCGGCGCAGGACGUGAUGCGGAAGGAAUACGAGGAUCGCCUCGCGUAUAGAGGGACGGGCUGGGACUUCUACAGCCUCAGAAAGAGAGGCGCCGAGCAGGAUUACGUUGCGAGGUUGGUCGAGUGGAUGAACAAGGACGCGGCCGUGACGGGGACGGAGUACAUGCGCGGACACACAUAG